UAGAAGCACUUCGACGCAAAUUAGACAUAGGACAAGCGAACCCAUAUUUUCUACUUUCUUUGCCAAAAGUACGAAACGAGAGGAUACUUCUUUCUAUAUUUGGUCCUUAAGUUCAGGGAGUGAAUUCACUGACCAGCAGAUGUAUCACUUUAACUAA